UUUAGGAAUAGGGAAAUUACGUCAAAAAUUCAUCAACACUGACUCGUAUUGUCUGUGAUUUGAUUUUAGGGAGUAUCUACUUUCUUUUCUCUAGUAUAAUCAUGAUGUCAUUAUUAUUUAUCGUGACAAAUAUUAGUGCUUUAUCAAAGGAAAGUUAAUUUAACUUAGCCUACGUUUAUAGUUUCAAGUUUUAUGAUCGCUCAGAUCAUCUGUAGCCUAUGUGAUAAAUUGUGGCUGUGAUACCAAGUCAUUUUAUUGUUACUUUUAAACAGAUGGUGCUUUGGUGUUCAUAGAUAGGGUAGAAAAAAUGGGUAAACUUCUAAGUCUGCUAGCGAGGGAUGACUCUAACUGCUGCUCUCCACAGAAGUACGAUGUGUUUCUCGAUUUUGAAAACGCCCAACCUACGGCCGGAGAACGAGCUGUUUACGAGGAGGUCCAAAGGGUUCUACAGGACUCUGAAGACAUCCUGCAGGACCUGGCGGUGUACAAGGGAGCAGGUCGGGAGAUCCGGGAAGCCAUCACGACUCCGAGUGAAGAGUGUCAGAGAAGGGCGUGGGCUGCAGUCAUACCACUCGUCACCAAGCUUAAGCGCUUCUACGACUUUUCUCUGGAGCUAGAGAAUAUCGUACCCAAGAUCCUAGGAGAGUUAUGUUCCGGAGCCAUGACACCGACACAGCACCUGGAGACUCAACAGGCCAUUGUCAAGCAGUUUGCGGAGAUACUCGAGUUUGUUCUCAAGUUUGAUGAGUACAAGAUGAAAACGCCAGCAAUUCAGAACGACUUCAGCUACUACCGACGGACAGUGAACCGUCAGAGGCUGGUAGGGUGGGCAGAGGGCGGAGAGGGGCUGCCAAGAGUCCCUGAUGUGUCCAGCGAGCUCGCUAACCGCAUGUCACUGUUCUAUGCUCACGCUACACCUAUGCUGAAGGUGCUGAGUGAAGCUACGUCUCACUUUGUACAGGAGAAUACUGAUGUGCCAAUUGAGAACACAACAGAGACACUCAGUACGAUGGCCAAAGUGUGCCUUCGGAUGCUGGAAAGCCCGAGUCUGAUAUCACAGUUCCAGCGGGAGGAGACACAGCUGUUUGUGUUACGGGUGAUGGUGGGUCUGGUGAUCCUGUACGAUCACGUUCACCCCCACGGAGCUUUCGUCAAGGCCAGUAAUGUGGACGUAAAGGGUUGUGUGAGACUACUGAAGGACCAGCCGGCUGUCAGGUCAGAGGGGCUUCUAAAUGCUCUCAGGUACACAACAAAACACCUAAACGAGGAAGCGACCCCAAAGCACAUAAAGAACCUGCUUGCUGCAUGAUGUCGAGAACGCACUGGCUUGAGACGGUGCUGUAGUUAGUGAUGCUCCUGUGAUAAGGAGAACACUUGUGUGUAUAUUUGUACAUCUGCGUUCCCAACAACCUAUGUUUUUAGUUCGUGUAGUAUCGCUUGUAUAUUUUAACUAUUUUACCAUGACACUUCUAUGACUGUGUACAUAUUGCUUUAUGAGCGUUAUCGUUUGAGUACUGAAUGAGCUUUUUUAUCGCAAUUCAUAGACUGGCAAGUUAUUAUUUUUAUGUAACAUAGUAACAAUAUUAAUAUGCUUAUCUACUCUUAAAAUGUAUCUAAAUUUAAUAUAGUCAGGUCAUAAAAUUGACUGUGUUCAAAAACAUAUUUAUAUAUGUUAUACAUGAAAAACAGCAAAGGCUUUUUUCUCUUUAAUGUAUUGUGAGGUAUAUUAUUUAGAAAAUACCGUAUUGUGGAUCAAGUGGUAGGAUACGCUAGAAAUCUUAUUUUAACCUUAACGUUUAAUUUGCAAUCAUGAUUAUUGAUGGAUGAGUAUAACUUUUUAAUUAACACUUUAACUCAAAACUGUGGUCUAAAAUAUAAUUUGACUAACCCAAAUAACAUGAGAACCUUAUCUUAAUAAGGUAAAAGAUGCAAGACAGAGUUUAUAAUAGUUUUGACAACAAUUAAAUACUAGAAUGUCAGUAAGAGUAAGACAUGAUAUAAUAGUAAUUUGUUUUAAGAUAAACUUAAUAAUUUUAUCUAUAGUAGUAAUUUUAUUCAUGACAAAGUAAGACAAAUCUAUAGUUUAUUCACAAAGUUUAGGCAGUUUGAGUCCUGGGUUCCACCACUUUUUUUAGCUUAAUGUCAUCAGCUGUCGGCUGUGGCAAACGGAACUAGUGCCGUUCUAUUCUUUGCCGUGGGGAUUAUAACUGUCAGAUAGCGAGUGCUGUUUGAUUCCCCAGAGCGUAAGAGUGAUUCAGAGGAGGGGUAUUAGUGGAAGGGGGUGUAUUGGGCAGGAUGUUACGGAGACCAGGUACAGUUUCUUAACAGGGCUACCCUAAUAUUGAUUGAAAAUUAAUAUCAAUUCGAUUAGUAAACCUUCAUUCAAUUUUUUCAUAAUCAGCAAGUUUGGUUAGGUUAUAACAGUUUCAUUAUAUCCCUAAAACAAAUUUUGGCCUCCCCCCCUGGUGGAUCUCUCCACCCCCAUACCCGCCGCACCGUGGAACUGGUCACUGAUACCUGGCCGGCACUCGCUCCGCCAAGCCUGUAGCUGUAAAAUGACCCUUGUCAGUGUUUAGGCAAACAGCACUCGGCCCUGCACUUGUCAGCUGUUGUUUCUCAGUUAGGGUGAGGUGGAAGGGUUGGAAUCUCAUCACCUCAAACCGCCUAAAUUUUGUGAACAGAGUACAGUUGUACAGUGUUCAUGUUCAUAUAACAUCAUUAUCCAAGACUAGAGCUAACAAUAAAACUAGGAGUGUGACAGUAAAGAUUUUUUAUUACAUCUCUAUAAUACUUAAUUAAAAAACUUCUGAAAAACAGUUUUAUUCUCUGAGAAAGUUCUAUACUAAGCUAAUGAUGAGGAUCAAUGUAUGGUCAGUAUUAUUUUUUCAGUAGAUAAGUACAACAAUUUUUGGGAGAUUUAUCGACUAUUAAUCUUUUUUAAUGGCUUUAGAUUUUGAAAAAAUAACUUUUAACUAUGGAUUAUUUUUUUAGGUUGUAAUAAUACAUAUUAGUAAAUAAUUUGUAACAUUAGAUAAAGCUUUAAAACACCUUAAAAGCUUUAAAAGCUUUAGUAAAUACCUGAAAAAGGGUUAUAUUUUUAAACAAAAUAUCAGUUUGCUGUUUUGUGACUUUUAUUUCUAAAUCUGUAAAUCUUGGAUUCUAAUUUUCCCUCUUUUAGUAGAGUUCAUCUUUAACCCUCUCCAAAUAAUUGUCUUAAAAAAAUUAUUCUUCUCUCACAUCCAAAAUGCAAAAGAGCUUUAGUUUUCAAUCAGUUUACUGUCGUUACUGUCACACCUCUAGUUAACAAAGGUUGUGCUUAUAAAGUAUAUGUCUCUUAGCUUUGUAUGUCUAAUAGACCUGCCUUUACCUUUUAUCUUCUUUAGACAAACAUUACUAAAUAUCAGUUAUAUUACCAGCAAUUACGUUUAUAGUCUAUUAUUGUCUCUCUACUUACAAAUAACUAACUAUUAAUUCAUUUUAUUUAUUUAUGAAUAUCUCUUAGGAGUUUUUAGACCAGAGAAAGUUUAACUUAAAUAUUUUUUCUCUUUACACGUAUUGUAUUAGAAACGACAGUUUCAAUUUCUCAAAAAAUUUGAUUGUUUUCUUAUAAAACGUAAAAAACGUGACUGGCGUUGAAAUACAUGCCCUUAAGUUGUAUAUGUUAAAAAUUUUAUGAUAGAAGUUGUGACUCUUUAAGUUAAUUUGCCGCCGAUUAUUUUCAAGUUAAUUUAUUUACAUAAAAUGACAGGUCUAUUAGCCAUUGUGGUUUUGUCCCUAGUGAUAUGAUAUUAUAGUCAAGUAUCCUGUGAUAAACAUAAUUUUGGCACCCCUUAGUUUGGGAGUUUGUAAAUCAUCCUUUAACUAGCCUCGAAACUUGAGGACCGUGUAUUCAGCUCCUACAAUUUAGAGACAUCCCGCCUAUAAAUUGUUUUUUUUUUAUCAAAGAUUUGUGUGGAAUUAUAUUUUUUCCACUGAUAAUUCAGUCAAAUAAUUUCCUCUCAUUGGGAUUCAAGCGUAAAAUAUUUUGAAACUAUGUUGUACAAUAAAUUAUGGAAUUAGUAACUUUACUCAACAUUCUUCCUGAUUUUGUCUACUCAGGAUGUAACACAGAACAUACUUAACCCUAGUGAUAUACUUAAUGUGCUCUGCUAUUUGUAUAAGUUGUGUCCAAACCAUAUCAUUCUACAUGGAUGUUCCAUCAUAGCUUACAAAGCGUGUUCAAACCUGCUCAAGUUUUGAUUGCCAAGCAAACUAAACUAUUUACACUGGUUUUUGUAGCACUUUGUGUUAAUUUAUGUCUCAGUGUUUGUUUAAAAGAUAUUCUGUAAUUUCUUUUGUUAAUAUAAUUUAUAAAAUGUUUCUAGCAUGAAUAAUACGGUUUAUAUGGCUGUCUAAGAGUAGAGAAAAGGAUUUUCUGGUUCUUUUUGUUGUUCAAUGUUUUAAAAUUGGCACCUAAUUAAGUAAUUGUCAAAAAGUGUAUUUUUUUGGUUGUGUCAUGUUACAAAUCAAAUAAAAAUACCCCAACAAAAAUCUGCCGACGAAAUGUACAUUUUUUUUAAAUUUUUUUCUGUAAGCUUUGGAAAACUUCAAAACCCUAUAACACUCGUUCCGAUAACUCGAUAUUGCUUGUUUCCAAACCCUUAUGAGUUAAAGUUUUUUUUUUUAAACAUAAAACAAAAACAUCAUUCAGAAACUAACUGUGUAUGCAGCAGGAUGUUUGUUUGUUGUGGCCUGGCUGAUUCCUUUCUCUAUUCCUUAGACAAUAAUUAUUGACUUGAGGUGUUGUAAGAAAAUGUAAAAUCAAAAUUUUUUAAUAUAAUGUCCUGAUUUUCUAAGUGACUUUUAAAUUCCUUAAAAAGUUCAGUUGUCUUCUUUCAGUAUUUUUUCUCUUUGAGAUGAUUUAAACAAAGACGUCUCAUUUCAAAACUGAUUUAAAAGUUACAAUUCUUACACUUAUACUGUAGUCUGUAAUAUGUAUUCACAAUAUUUUAAUAUAAUAUUUACUAUUAAUAACACAGAAAUAAUUCUAUAAUGUAAAAUGUUUUUGUAAAGAAUCUUUAUCUUGCAAGGCUUUAUAUUCUGUUGAAUUAUUUUCCCUUAGAGGAUUCAUAAAUGAAAAGGUUGAUUUUUUAAUCUGUUCACUCUGAAACUAGUACAGUAUUUUGUUUGGUUCAACUUUACUUUUUUGUAAGCCGAUUGAACAUGAUUUUUACUUAUAAAAAUGUUAUGAGUCUAUUGAUACUUGGCUUUAAUGUGUAUGAAUAUGUUUGAAUAGUAUUCUCAACCAGCACAAAAUAGUAUAUUUCAUCACGAGGGUUGAAAAAACACUUUUUGCCAGUGUGAUGAACAAUAUUUUUUGUCAUAUUGCACCGUUAUUUUAACAAACUAUGUUACAAAACUAAAAUAGUUUUAAUUUAUAGAUAACUUCUCAAAACAACUUCUAACAUGUUUUCAAUUUAAUUUGCAAAAGGAAGCAAGCAGCUGUAUAGUAAGUGAUUCAAUUGUUUCGUCUAUUACAUUAUCAAUAUGUAGAACUAUUUACAAUUAAGGCACAAUUAAUUCAUAGAUACUUUUAACACUUGCAAUUGUUUACAAUCGAAAUUUACAACUGAGUUGACAACAUCUGAUUUUUACUCCCUAGGGGCUAAAAACGCUUUUUUAGGGAGCAAAAAUGAUACUUUUGUGGCAACAGGGCAUUAAAAACAGCUGUUUUUGCUGCAGUAUGACGAAAAAGUAUUUUAAUUUUAUUGCUUGAAGAAUAUAGUACAAUUUUUAUCUACUUAAAUUAUUAAUUCAACAAACUUCAGUAGCACAAUUUUGUUGUAACUCCAUUAAAACUAACCUUAUACCCCCUAAUAUUACCGCACCAUCUCGAUAGAUCAGUUUAAAAGUCUAACAAUGCAUCCUUUGCAUUCAUAUUCUAUGCCUUUUGAUUGCAAAGAUACUAAAAUAGGAAAAUUGCCCCAUGUCAUCCAUGACUAGUAAAUUAAGUGUGAAUGUUUGUUGUUGAUGUAUCUUCAUAAAGUUGUGUCAACAUGUUGUGUUCUCAACAGCAACAGACCAAAAGUUGUUUUUUUUUGCAGCGGAUAAACUAGGUUAUAAAUGUCUGUUAUAAACAAAUUGUUAUGAUGAAACCAUAAAAAGAUUAGUCUACGGUUUGCUUAUGACAAGGGUACUGUGUACUUUUGAAGUACGAUAUUUUAAUGUGCAAGAUACAUUUACGAUAAAAUGUAAAAUACAACUUGUGUAAUAAGAAAUGUAAUGUUAAAUAUAUUUUAGGAUCAUCUUUUGCCUAUUUCAUUGAAAAUAAGUUUUAAUAAUCUACUUUUUUAUAUUUUGUACCUGAUAUUUGUACACCUGAUAGCAAGUUGAAUUGACAACUCACUAUGCUUGCCGGGCUGCCAUUCGACCAAAUAUUUACCAAAGGUCUCACCGUUCAUUUUGAAAUGUGAUUUCUUUUUAGAAUUAGUUUCAUAUGUUGUAUAAUUUUUUGCAAUGUCAAAAUAAAAAUAAAUCAUUUUCAAAAUAUA